AUGGACACUUAUAGCUCGCAGCUGAAACAGCAUACUCAAGAUGAACAUCACGAAGUCAAACUGACCAAUGUCCUUAUGAAUAUUUCUGGAACGACCAGAUUUAAAUUAGACAUAUCUGAAAUUUCUUGCAAGAAAUGUCCAAAACCUGUACCUACAUUAGAUGAUUUUUUACAUCACGUUACAAGUUCACAUGACGUUAAAUACAAUAGGAAUGUAGUAGAUUGUCUAUUUGCUUUCAAAUUAUCGGACGAUGGUAUGUCUUGUCUUAAUUGUGGGGAGGAAUUUCGGUUUUUUGGUACACUACUCACUCACGCUUAUAAAUUUCACGCGAAAUCAAAAGGUUUUUUGUGCGAUGCGUGUGGCAAGGGUUUUAUAGCUAAAGCUAAUUUGGAUAGUCACGUCAAAACUGUACACUCGAACAGUAAGGUCGAUGGCGAUAAAUUAUUGAAAAAGACUGAUAAAGAACAAGCAAAGUUGGACAAACCCAAGGUGUUUCAAUGUUGGAAAUGUCCGGAAGUUCUGGGCAGUAAUUAUUUAAGGAAACAGCAUUUGGCUCUAGUUCACGAUGUCAAAAGCACUCAAUUCUAUUGUAAUAUAUGCAAAAAAAUGUUUUUAUUUAAAAAUAAAUUGGUUCAACACAAUGCAAGGGUUCAUUUAAAGGAGAAAUCGUUUACUUGCGACGUCUGUGGUUUCAAAGUGUUUAAUAAGGAGUUACUGAACAGGCAUAUGGUAAAACACGACGAUUCUAGACCAUUCCAAUGUGAGAUAUGUAAAAAGACGUUUCAAAGAAAGAAAACAUUAGAUUUCCAUACGAGAAUACAUAAUAAUGAUAAAAGAUGUGUUUGUAAGUUGUGUGGAAAAGCGUUCGUUCAAGCUACUAGUCUGAAACUACACAUACGUGUCCAUCACAAUAAUAGAAAUAUCUAGAAUUACAUUUAGAAAUGUUUGUAAAUAUAUUUUAUAAAAUAAAUGUUAAUUAAAUAAUA